CAUGACUCGUAUAUAAAUUCGACUUCAAUGGCUCAUAUGUCUCACCAAUCACAAACAAUUAGCCCUCUCCGAAUCUUUGCAACCAUCACCAUGUUUUCUCCAACGAACAUGCCUCGAUCAGUAUCCACAUUAUUCUCUGCUUAUGCCACUUUUGCAGGAUCACUCAUGCUUAUCCGUUCCAUGGAAAACGAACUAAUCCCUUAUGAGCUUCGCUCUUAUUUAUCCACUGCCAUUCACUACCUCUUCACUCCUCUCUCCCCUAACAUCACCCUUGUCAUUGAUGAGCAUUGUGGCCUGUCUCGAAACCAAGUUUAUGAUGCAGCAGAAAUCUAUCUCAAAACCAAAAUUAGCCCAUCAACAGAGAGACUCAAAAUCGGCAAGACACCAAGACAAAAUACCUUCUCUGUCGCAAUCGAAAAAGGUGAGGUAGUUCCAGAUGUGUACGAGAAUAUCAAGUUGACGUGGGCUUAUGUCUGUACAGAGCCACAAAAGAACAGUGACUACGAAGAAACAAGGCGUUUUGAAUUGUCCUUUAACAAGAAGUACAAAGAGAAAGUUAUGGAUCGUUACUUGCCUCAUGUUUUGAAGAGGAGUGAAGAGAUAAAAGAUAAGGAGAAGGUUGUUAAGCUUUAUAAUUGUAAGUCGGGGUCCAUAAAUCUUGAACAUCCCUCUACUUUUGAUACUUUAGCUUUGGAUCCAGAGUUGAAGAAGAUGAUAGUUGAUGAUUUGAAGAGAUUCUUGGGAAGAAAAGAAUUUUAUAAGAAAGUGGGCAAGGCUUGGAAACGUGGGUACCUGCUGUAUGGACCACCUGGGACUGGAAAAUCAAGCUUGAUUGCUGCCAUGGCUAACUAUCUCAAGUUUGAUAUCUAUGAGUUGGAGCUAACUAGUUUGUCUUCUAAUUCCGAUCUGAGGAGGGUUCUUCUGUCCACCACGAGUCGGUCAAUCUUGGUGAUUGAGGAUAUCGAUUGUAGUGUGCAAACGCGGGAUCGGCAACAAGGAGGGGAUCAGUAUGAUGGUUCUAACUCCAGGUUGACACUAUCCGGAUUGCUGAAUUUCAUUGACGGAUUGUGGUCAAGUUGCGGUGAUGAGCGAAUCAUUGUGUUCACUACCAAUCAUAAGGACAGGCUAGACCCUGCUCUGCUGCGUCCUGGUAGAAUGGAUGUGCAUAUUAACAUGUCUUACUGCACACCUCAAGCAUUCAGUAUUCUGGCUUCUAAUUACCUUGACAUUCGCGACAAGAACCAUUAUCUCUAUGACGAAAUUGAAGGGCUAAUGGAGAGUACUAACGUAACCCCAGCAGAGGUAGCAGAGGAACUCAUGGCAAGUGAAAAUGCCGAUGUUGCCCUUGAAGGACUUGUUAACUUCCUUAAGCGGAAGCAUAGUGAAGCUAAUGAAUUUAAGAGUGAAGAGAAUGGAAAAGUUGAAGAUGGAGAAGCAAAGAUUCUGAACUGAUGAUGAUAAAAAGAAGAGAAAAUAGUUAAUAAGUUCAGUAAUCGGAAUAGAAUUCUUCGACCUGCGAGAGGCAAUCGUGGGCGAAGAAUGACUCCACCAAAAAUGUUCGGUGUCUGAACCUUUUCUGUAUGUUGAAAAUUCUUCUUGUAAAAAGGUUCUGAAAUCGAUUAAUUAGCCCCUU